GGUACAACAUUUCUUCCAGAGAAGGCAUCAUUACUUGAAAGUUUCCUUUCUGUGAAAAUGUUUUUUGUCUUUGUCCAAAUUUUACAAAAAUUCCACUGCUUGCCUUUCCUUCCGCACAGCUGAGGAGGAAACUAAAGCAAAGAGAGAAAGUGGUGCAUAAAUUUGAAGACUACAUCAGGAAUGGAUUCACCUGACUACACAACAUCUGAUUCAACUGUAGAAUCUGAAAAUCAAAGUGAUAGCUCCUGGUCUGGUAGCAGCUUAUUUAAAACACAGUGUGUUCUUUCCUCACCUACAUGGAGGCAAAGGAACCAAACCCAAAAAUGUAUUUAUUCACCUAAGAACAUUAAAGAAGAUUCAUCAAGCGACUCAUCCUUUGAACCAAAACCAUUGACUUUAAAAGCUAUUUUUGAAAGAUUCAAGAAAAGGAAAUGGAAGAAAAGAAAAUACAAGCCAACAGGAAGACCAAAAGGAAGUAAAAAUACUAGACGGUCACAGAUAGACAAGAAACAAGUUAGAGGCAAAGGCCAUAAGUUUACAGAAUCAGAGAACAGAAGAAACCCAUUACCAUGGAGGAAAAUUUUAACUUUUGAGCAAGCUGUUGCCAGAGGAUUUUUUAACUACAUUGAAAAGCUGAAAUAUGAACACCACCUUAAGGAAUCCUUGAAUAAAAUGAAUGUUGGUGAAGAUUUAGAAAAAGAAGAUCUUGAUAGUCAUAGAUACAAAUAUUUGGAUGAUGAUGGAUCCAUUUCUCCUAUUGAAGAGCCAGUAACAGAUGAAGCAAUGAAUCUUGAGCCUGAUGAUGAAUGCGAUAUCAAAUUGGUAGAGGAUAGUUGUUUUAUAAUAAGUUCUGAAUUCCCAGUUUCUAAGAAGAUGGAUGUAUAUUUAGGACAAGAGAAUACUAAAGAACCUGUUUUGUCUAAAAAGAGAGCUUCAAAGGCCAAAAACACUGGGCAGAAGACUGAAUGACCUGAAAAGAGAGGAACAUGAAUGGAAAACAAGGCUUUUAUCUUGAAAAUGUCUGGAAUUAAAGAUAUUACCACAUCCCACAGAUGUUGAGGAACAAGUCUGAACUGAUUUCCUGUGUAGAGGGUGUCAAUUUAAAAACCAGGCAGAUGCAGCCAUGCUAAAAGUCUUUUAGGGGCCCGAAGUCAAUUAUUUAAAGAAAUUGCAUCCCAAUGUUCCUGACCUCACCACAUUCAAGGAAGAGAAGAUAAUGAUUUUAAUUGACUCAGAGCUUCAAGACAGACUCUCCUGACCUUGGCAACCACUUCAAAAUGAGGAAAAUAUUUGGACCCAUACAGCAUGUGUCCCU